GGUUCUGUUCCAUUAAGGGGUUUAUGUACUUGGUUUAUGAAAAUGUGGAGAAAGGCAGUUUGGGAAAUGUAUUGUAUGGGUUGAAAGGGAAAGCAGAACUAGACUGGGGUAGAAGGGUGAAAAUUGUGCAAGGUGUGGCUCAUGCAAUUGCUUACUUGUACCAUGACUGCUUUCCUUAAAUUGUGCACCAAGACAUAACUAUGAACAACAUAUUGCUGGAGUCAGAGUUUGAAACCCGACUCUCAAAUUUUGGCACUGCAAGAUUGUUGAGUUCAGAUACAACUAACUGGACAACAAUUGCUGGGUCUUAUGGCUACAUGGCUCCAGAGCUUGCAUUCACGAUGCGAGUAACAGAUAAAUGCGACGUUUAUAGCUUUGGAGUGGUGGCAUUAGAAGUUAUGAUGGGAAGGCACCCAAGGGAGCUCCUAUCUUCCCUGUCAUCAUCCAAAUCAACAACAGCAAUGCCAGUUUCAGACACUGCAUAAUUUCUUCUAAAGGAUGUGCUAGACCAAGGACU